ACGAGGAUUGCCAAAUCAGUUGCAUAUCCACCGUCGAUUAAACAACCAAUUAAACGGCUCAAAAUCUCCAAAUCCGUAAGCCAAAUGUCUCCCAUUUUUCUCUCCUCGCAAUAGAACCAAAUUUUCCGAUAAGAAAUCACAAACAUUUUCUCGAGAAAAUUUUACUGCGAGAUUUCAAUUCGGAUUUGAAGUCGUUUCCUCCAAUUUGUACUUGAAGCGAUGGAUACCGGAUCAAAGGUGAAGAAAGGAGCCGGAGGAAGGAAAGGCGGCGGUCCAAAGAAGAAACCGGUUUCUCGUUCAGUGAAAGCCGGAUUACAGUUUCCCGUCGGUCGAAUUGGCCGGUACUUGAAGAAAGGGCGAUACUCUCAACGUGUGGGAACGGGUGCUCCCGUUUACCUUGCUGCUGUUCUUGAAUACCUAGCUGCUGAGGUUCUUGAGUUAGCUGGUAAUGCUGCAAGAGACAACAAGAAGAAUAGGAUCAUUCCAAGGCAUGUUCUAUUGGCAGUGAGGAACGAUGAAGAGCUUGGGAAGCUAUUAGCUGGUGUGACCAUUGCUCAUGGUGGUGUUUUACCCAACCUUAACCCAAUUCUUUUACCAAAGAAAAACGAGAGGGCGGCUGCAAAAGAGCCCAAGUCACCAUCCAAGGCUACCAAGAAGUCUCCUAAGAAAGCUUAAUUUCAUUUAUUUGUAUAUGUAUGUAGCUUCCUUCGUGUAGGAAAAUGUUAAUACUGGUAAUGGUACUUUGCCAGUGUUGUUUAGAACAGACUUUGGUCUGAAAUGAGUGAAGUGAAUUCAGAUUAUAUGGUGUUGUGUUAAUGGUAUUUGUUGCACCGUUUUAUGGUAAUAAAGUCUGUUUCGUCUUGUUAGUGUAAA